AGUCAUCGCAGGAAGACGUUCCAGAAACCAGGAUCCAUGGAUCUUUGCAUAACCAUUAAAGGAGUCUCGUUCCUCCUGCAGACAGGGCUGGGGAUUCUGGGUAACACAUCUGUGCUGAUGGCAUACACUCAUAUCGCUUAUGUAGAGUCACGCCUACAGCCUGUGGACAAAAUCCUGGCUCACCUGGCUUUCAGCAACCUACUGCAAAUGCUGACUCGGAGCGUUCCACAGACGAUGGUCAUCUUUGGCUUGCACAACAUGCUGGAUGACUCAGGCUGCAAAGUGGUGAUCUACACCUAUCGCAUUCACCGUGCCCUCUCUAUCUGCCUCACCGGGAUGCUGAGCUUCUUUCAAGCAGUGACCAUUGCACCAUCAGUUGGGCCACUCCUGACCAAACUGAAAUCUCGUCUCUCACAGCUGGUCAUGCCCACCUUUAUAGGUCUGUGGCUCCUCAACAUGAUUAUUUGUAUUACCUUUGCAUUUUUUUCCAUAUCACCUCGUAAUGGCACCGUGCCUGCUUUUACCCUCAAUCUAAGCUUCUGUCACAUUGACUUCCAUGACAGUCUGACUUAUGUGGUGAAUGGUGCCAUCAUCUCAAUACGAGACUUUGCGUUUGUCUCCGUCAUGCUGGCAUCGAGCGGCUACAUCCUCAUCCUCCUGCACAAACACAGCAGGCAAGUCAGGUCCAUACGACGCACUCAGCAAGGAACCUCCAUGGAAAUGCAGGCAGCUAAAACCGUUGUCAUGCUGGUGGUGCUGUACAGCGUGUUUUUCGGUAUUGAUAAUGUGAUAUGGAUCUACAUGCUGACUGUUGCCCAGGUCCCGUCUGUGGUGGUGGACCUGAGAACAUUUUUUUCCACAUGUUAUGCCACAUUCAGUCCUUUUCUCAUGAUUAGCACCAAUAAAAAGAUAAAGGAGAGGAUGGUGUGUGCAGCUGGAGAACAGGCAGCUGAGGACAGUGAGAAACAAAACACUAAAUGA